AGAGUAGCAACCGAACAUCCUGGAAACCUAUGAACCGUUCUCUUUAUUCAUCCAGAAACUUCUGUGUUCUUCCACCAAUCAUUCUCUCACCCUCCUAUAAAUUCUAGGGUCCACCGGUGUUGCUCAUCGUAAACAAAGCAGCUCGCGCAAAAGCAGAGUGAAAGGAGACUUCAGCGACUCCGCAGAAGAAGAUCAUGGAUAUCAGAUUCUCCGCCUUGGAUUCACCAAUAUUCCACGCUCUCCAGCACAUGAUGGACGUGACGGACGACGCUGCCGAUAAGUCUGUCAAUGGUCCGAGCCGGACAUAUGUGCGCGAUGCGAAGGCUAUGGCUGCCACUCCGGCGGAUAUCAAGGAGUAUCCUAAUUCGUACAUGUUCAUCAUCGACAUGCCGGGCCUGAAAUCUGGGGACAUCAAGGUUCAGGUGGAGGACGACAAUGUGCUUCAGAUAAGCGGGGAGAGGAAGAGGGAGGAGGAGAAGGAAGGAGCCAAGUACGUGAGAAUGGAGAGAAGGGUUGGCAAGUUUAUGCGCAAGUUUGUGCUACCUGAGAAUGCCAAUACUGAUGCCAUUUCUGCCGUAUGCCAAGACGGAGUGCUCACUGUUACCGUCGAGAAAUUGCCUCCGCCGGAGCCUAAGAAGCCCAAGACUAUUGAGGUCAAGGUAGCUUAGGGGCUUUGCCUGUGUUCUUCUUUUGGGUUUGGACAUUCACUCGAGAUCUUUCUCGGUGAGUAAUAGAACUGAAAAGACUAUGGACUAUUAUAAUGGGCUUCAAGCCCUGCAUCGUUUGUAGGUAAUUAGAGCUGGCUUUGUCGUUUGCUUGAUCAGUGCUUGUAAUAGUUUCGACUUAGCGUGUCUUUCGAUUGUGGCUUUCUGUUAAAUAAAGUUGUCUAAAUUCUUGUUUCUUUAA